CUCAGCUACAAGGAUUCUAUUUUUCCUAGAACCUUGGGGGCGGGAGACUGGUCCUGAAACCAGGUCCUCCAUGGGGGCUCCCACCUCACUGACCGGAGCGUGCACCAGGCGGCAGGCCACCAGCCUGUGGGAGAUGCUGAUGGGCCUGUCCCGGGGCAUCACCCUCACUGCGGUCCAGACGGCGAGCAGGAAAGACAGCCCGGCCCCGCUGGCCCUGGAGGAGAGCGAACUGGAAGAGCAGUUUGUGAAAGGACACGGCCCAGGGGGCCAGGCCACCAACAAAACGAGCAACUGCGUGGUGCUGAAGCACAUCCCCUCGGGCAUCGUGGUGAAGUGUCAUCAGACAAGAUCUGUCGAUCAAAACCGAAAGCUAGCUCGGAAAAUCCUCCAAGAGAAAGUGGACGUUUUCUACAAUGGUGAGAACAGCCUGGCUUACAAAGAGAAACGAGAGGCGGAGAAGAAAAAGCAGGAAAGGAAAAAAAGAGCCAAGGAAACCCUGGAGAAAAAGAAGCUCCUGAAAGAACUCCGGGAAGCAGCGAGUGGGAAGGACGGCUGAGAGGGAGCGUGGACUCGCCCGGAGGCUCUUGGGACAGCGGUAGUGCGCCAUCUCCAGUGCUAGCAGAGAGCUUUCAGUAUUUUUUUUUUCGUACUUCAAGGACUGAUUGUUGGCCUUUAGGAGUGUUUUCCAGUCCAGUCAGCUUGGGUACCAUGCCCUGGCCCUGAAGUCCACCUCCAGCAUUCCCCAGGGACCUCACCACUCCAUUCCCUCGCUGUUCUGCUGCACCCCCUUAGUGUUUUGCCUCGGUGUGGCGGGGUCAGAUCGGGCGCAAUUCCCACACUGUGACUCCGGUGUUGUCCCCUGUAGGGCUAUGGGUCAGCUUUUAGUAUUUUUGACAGACUUAAAAGUCCUAUUUGAAAAAAAAAAAAUUUUUUUUAAAAGGACGAAAUUGAACUCAUGAAUAGGGGCACUCCAGAGCACAGCUCUGACACAAGAAAAGUGAUGAUGCCAUUUGGC